CGCGUUUAAUGCUCAGUUUAAACCGCAUGUUCGGUGUGCUGUGGUUUGGGUGAAUUUCCAGCCUUGGUGCUAGAAUGGCAGCGAGCGUAGCUGUAAGUGUAGCUACUGCAGAGUCGGAACAUGAAGAGGAGGCGAGGGGAAAUGAUACCGAGGAGGACGGGACACAGCACACCGGGCCUGCCGCGGGCCCUCAGCACCGGCUCGCUAAAUUACCGCUGUCCCGCAUCAAAGCGCUGAUGAAAGCCGACCCUGAUGUGAGUCUGGCCAGCCAGGAGUCCGUGUUCAUCAUCGCUAAAGCUACGGAGCUGUUUGUGGAAAUGAUGGCCAAAGAUGCACUCGUUUAUGCACAACAGGGGAAACGAAAAACGUUACAGAGGAAAGAUUUAGACAAUGCUAUUGAGGCAGUAGAUGAGUUUGCAUUUCUUGAAGGUACCUUGGACUAACUGGCACCUGGUUAUUUGUAAUUAGGGAAAAGAUUGCUAUUUUUAUUGUACAGUCUGGGGUUGGGGAAGCGAAACAUCCAAGAUAAAUGGGGAUUUUACAGUUAUUUUUUUAUUGUUACCAUGUGCAGCUUAAACUAUUGUGACAAACCUGUUCUAUGUCUGUAAAGUGUCACAUUUAGUGUGGAUAUUAUGCUCUUGUAGCACUUUUAAUAUGAAAAUAA